AGUUGUCGGCUCGGUGUUGUGCUUGGUUGAAGGAUCGUUUUAUUGCAUUUGAUUUUCAUCCGCUGAUCGGCUUUUCGUUAUAACUAUUUGGAUUUCACCUCCUGUAACAUGGUCGUCGAGGAAAAAAGUAGAGGGCGUGGGGCCAGGUCGAAGAGUACUGACAGUGAAGCUUCAGACAAAGAAAACAAAAAGGAGCGUGGUCGCGAUAAGAAAAAGAAGGCUGAUGAUUCGUCAUCAAGCAGUGGUAGCAGUAGUAGAAGCUCCUCCAGCAGUUCAUCAAGCUAUACGAGUGAGUCUUUCACUACGAGUUCGAGCUCAAGGUCUAGUUCAAGCUCGAGUUCAUCAGGCUCUUCCAGCGAUUCAACUACAGAUCAGCCAAAGACCAAACAGAGAAAAUUGACAGAUAAGGGGAAGAGCAGAAGCAGGAGCCCAGGUAAGAAGAAGGAAAAAGAAAAAACUGCUGAGAAGAAGGACAAGGUUGAUAAGCCCAAGUCUAAGCCAACCCGCUCAAAGUCCCCUUCGCCCAAGAGGAAAAGAAAGGAGAGGCCACCGACACCAAAACCUCUCAGGAUACAUGUAGGUCGGCUGACCAGAAAUGUGACCAAAGAUCACAUAAUGGAGAUCUUCUCUGUCUUCGGGACUGUCAAGAUGGUUGAUUACCCUCUCGACAGGCUCCAUCCACCCGCUGGAAGGGGAUUUGCUUACGUGGAGUUCCAAACACCGGAAAUGGCAGAAAACGCCAUGAAACACAUGGAUGGAGGACAAAUUGAUGGACAGGAGGUCACAUGUGCUCCAGUGUUGCUUCCAGCUAGUGGUGGUCGCCGUCGAUCACCCCCUGCCCCACCGAGAAGGCGCUGGGGCCGUUCUCCUCAACGUUUCAGAAGGCGGUCACCUCCUGGAGGGCCGCCACCAAGGCGGAGGUCACCGCUGCCUCCUCCAUCACGAAGGCGACAUUCUCCUCCAAGGAGGAGGGCAAGGUACACCAGGUCCUCGUCUAGCAGCUCUCGAUAGCCGAGCUUGACGGGAGCUUGUAAAUAUUUUUAAGGUCUCUAUUUCAGUGAUUUUGGAUAUAAAAACGACGGCAAAUUUUUGUAAUUGAAUCUAGAUUGUAAGUUUAUCAAGAAACGACAGUAUAUAACAAAAAAAUAAAUAAAUGAAUAAAGUAGUUUCUUUUUGUUUUUA